AUGUCUGAAUCAGAGAAUAGCUUUUUUAAAAACUACACCAAGCCUCGUCCAAAUCUUGUACAGUUCAUCAAUUUCUUUAACUGUGUUGUGGGAGAUCAAAGGAAUGCCAAUUCACGAUUGAACUACUUGGAUUACUCAACUAUUCCUGAUUUGUCAUCCCAAUUGCCUAUUGAGAAGCAUGCAUCUACAAUCUACAUUGAUUCUAUUUUCAAACAUGUACAACAGGAAAUAAGUAUGGUAUGUGAGAUUGUUUCUAUAACUGUUGAGGAUAACAUCAAGAUGCAUAAGGUCAAGGACCAAUAUGGUAGAACAUGGGAUGUUAAGUAUGAUUGUAAGCAAGACACAUUCGACUAUUUGGAUGAAAAACAGGAAGUUAAGAAAAAGUUUUUCUCCAACUUUUAUCGAUUAGUCCAAAAGUCUGAGGGGAGUAUGGAUCAUCUGUCUUUGUUUUGUGCUGGUCUUGAUGAUUUGGAAGAGCAUAUAUUUGGAAAUUUACCUGAUGUAAAUCCUCCAAACGUUGUUAGUACCAAAGGAUCAGCUAGUGACAGGGUAUCAAAGAGGGAGAGUGCAAUAAAGAAAGCAAAUAAGCCUCUACGACGGUGUGGUAAAUGUCAUGAGAUGGGUCGUCAUGAUUCAAGAAAUUGUGGUAGAGUCAAUGAGAAGACAGAUUGA